ACAACAGUAGAGUGAAAAGAGAGCGAGCGCGCGAUCUCUCUCUAGUCUCUUUAAAUUUACUUUCGCAGAGAGAUUUCGACAGAUCGGAAACGUCGACAGUGAGACUGAGAAGGAGUCGAAUUCUCUCGUUUUGUUCCAUUCGAUUUGCAGAGAUUUCGAGUCGGUAAUUCGUUUCAUCGAUCGAUUAUUUUGUUCGUUCGCUUUCCAGAUCAUAUCUCACGGGAGGAGUUAAACUUAAAGCUGUUCUUGUCUUCACGCUUCUUUUGAUCUUAGUUUUCUCUGAUUCUUCUCACGUUAUUGGAGCUUAGAUCUUUCGUCAUUCUUUCUGCUUCGGUAUUAUUCGUUUCGAGUUGUUGCUAUUACUUGUUGUCUUUUCAUGGUUGGACUUGUGGUGCUUCUGACGAAUUUUGUCUGAUUUGAGAGCUAUGACUCACUAAAAAGAGAAUCUUCUGGAGUUUGAUGAUAUCUGGUUCUUGAAUUUUAAAAAUUUCUUUCAAUUUCAUUGUUUGAGAUCGGUUUUUUGGCGCAGAGCUGACAAUGCCAGGUGAAGGAUUUUUCAUUCAAGAUGAUGAACGAGCGAGGAAAUCUGAUUAUGAGACGUCUGAGGACGAGAGGAGGAGGACGAGAAUCGGAUCUAUCAAGAAAAAGGCAAUGCACGCUUCAACUAAGUUUUCACACACUCUUAGGAAAAGAGGUAAGCGAGUCGGCGACUGUCGGUUAGCAUCUGUGUCAAUCGAAGAUGUUCGAGAUGCAGAGGAGGAAGAAGCGGUCAAUGCCUUUCGUCAGGCUCUGCUCAAGAAAGAUCUUCUUUCCGCCCGCUUCGAUGAUUAUCACACAAUGAGAAGAUUUUUGAAGGCUAGAAAAUUUGAUCUUGAAAAAACUGUCCAGAUGUGGGAAGAAAUGCUCAAGUGGAGAAAGGAGUAUGGAGUAGAAUCUAUUGUACAGGAUUUUGUUUUCGAUGAAAUUGAAGAGGUUCAACGUUAUUACCCUCAAGGUUACCAUGGAGUGGACAAAGAGGGAAGGCCUGUUUAUAUUGAGAGACUUGGCAAAGUUGAGCCUAUUAAACUUAUGAAUGUCACCACAGUAGACCGGUUUUUAAAAUACCAUGUUCAAGGGUUUGAGAAGACCUUUUCAGAGAAGUUUCCAGCUUGUUCUAUUGCUGCGAAAAGGCACAUUGACUCGUCAACAACGAUUUUGGAUGUACAAGGAGUGAAUUGGAUGAGUUUCAGCAAGGUUGCACAUGAUCUGGUUAUGCGCAUGCAAAAAAUUGAUGGUGACAACUACCCUGAGACAUUGCAUCAGAUGUUCAUUGUUAAUGCUGGGAGUGGUUUCAAACUGCUAUGGAACACUAUAAAAGGUUUUCUUGAUCCAAGAACUACCUCAAAGAUACAUGUUUUGGGGAAUAAGUACCAGAAUAAACUGCUGGAAAUUAUAGACUCAAGCCAACUGCCAGAUUUCCUAGGCGGCUCUUGUUCAUGCCCAAACGAAGGAGGGUGCAUGAGAUCUAAUAAGGGACCAUGGAAUGAUCCAGAAAUAAUUAAGCUGGUACAUACUGGAGAAGCUUCAUAUUUGACAAAAACUAGGAGUAUUUUUUAUGACGACAAUGUCCAAGUUAAAUUAUAUGCCUCUAAGAUUGUAAGUAAUGAAAUAUCCUCUGCUGAGUCAGGAUCAGAAGUUGAAGUCUCAUCAACUGGGCUAAGAACUUCUGCCUUCAAACAAUUAACAACACUCCAUGAAGAAUUUUCUCAGGAAAGAAUAGAAGACCUUGUAGCCCCACGUAGCCAGGUUGAAUCAGUUGGUAUCACCACCACCGUAGAAGACGUCAGCUCGACAGAUGAUUCAAUUGAUAAUGUUACAGAAAGAAGACCAAGGAACUUCAUUUCUCAAUUAACAACUUUAGUGUCGCAGUUCUUACUUAGAGUGUUAGCUGCCCUACAUAUUGUACAUUUUGGUUUUGGCAAGAUUGUUACAGUAAAUAAUGCCAGGGAACAGCUGAAAAACCAACAUAGACCAGAAUCAACUAAUCCAAGUUCUGAAGACCAGCUUGCUUCACGGGCUGCCAGGGAAGAUGUAAUCCGUCCUUGUGUGCAGAGGCUUCAAUGUUUGGAAGCAUUGGUAACCGAACUGACCAAUAAACCAGUGAAAAUUCCUCCAGAGAAAGAUACCAUACUGCUGGAGUCAAUGAAUCGUAUAAAAUCCAUAGAAUACGAUUUACAGAAGACAAAGAAAGCACUACACGCAACAGCAUCAAAACAAGUGGAGCUUUCAGAGGCACUGGAGAUUUUGAAAGAAUCUAACCUAAGGAGUAACUCUUGCUGGUUUAAGAUUUUCCAAUCUAUUCCCCCUGGAAGCUGAAUGCAUUUGGAAACAAGAUGGAUGCUCCAAGCUGCUGCAGAAGGUCCUUGUCUCAGAUUUUCUGAAUUGCUAGUGUUUACCCUCCUUGGUCAAAGCGCAGGAAUGUAUUUCACUGGUUCAAGGUUCAUAUAGUUCUUUAACUCUGAUCUCUUGUUUUUAGUUGGUAAAUAUUGAUCCUUUUGUUCUCACACCAGUCCUUGUUUUCAUUUUCUACUUCAGAGUUCUUCAGGUGUUUAAAGUAGGCAGGAACUCACCAUAACCUGGGGGCAAAGACGUGUAACUGUUUCCCUAAGAAUGAUAUACAAAGCAUCAAAUUUCUGUGAUGUUUUACAUUUAGCUUAACUCACUUUAUUUGUAUUCAGUAAUAAUAUUCUCACCAAAAAAAAAAAUAUUAAUAAUAAUAAUAUCGUCAUUUUCAUGUUAAUUA